CCCACAGACGUGCUGCAGGGACGCUGAACUCCCUGAGACCCACAAACCACAGACUGAACCAGCUCCAGCCUCGACUACACACAGUAUCUUUCUAGGUUUCAGCUCUGGCUUUUGUUUUCUGGCAGUGUUUGAGCUGAAGGGCAGUUUGGACUCGUAGCUAGGAUUCAUUCUCUGGGUCGACAACAACAGGCAGAUUUUAGUGACCGAGGAUUGUGAUCAGAAAUGGAGGUCAAAAAUCACUGUGAGGAAAAUCAGCUGAAGAACGGAGUGCAGAACGGGGUUCUGGAGAAAAAACCCACAGCUAAACCUGAUCACAGUGGAUGGAACCAGAUCUACCUGUUCCUGCUGUGUGUGCUGUUGGGGGGUGCUCUCAUGAUGCUGCUGAACGCCUGUCACCCCACUGACACUGCUGACCCUGCUGACCCUGCUGACCCCUGGACGGGUUUCUUUAAAGCCCCUCUGUGGGACUGGACUGCUUUUGCUAUAGUGCUGACAUUUACCGUGCUGCAGGGGGCACUGUACUACCUACCUGUAGGACAGGUGGCUGAGGGGAAGAUGGGCUGCAAUGAAAAAAGACUGAAAUACAGCCUAAAUGGUCUGCAUGCGUUUGGAGUGUGUAUAGUGCUGCUGAUGUGUGUGUGGGAGUGUGGGUAUGUGAGGGCGGUCAGUGUGUCCAGCAGGGUUUUGGCGCUGGUCAGUGCCGGGUGUGUCGUCUCAGUGCUGCUCUGUGUGUGUCUGUACCUGCGGUCAGUUUUAGCUCAAACUCAACACCCUCAGGACAAUAACACAGGCGGGUUCUUGCUGGACUUUGCUCUGGGCAGAGAGGUGGACCCUCGUGUGGGGAUAAUCGAUUUGAAGCAGUUUGCUAUGGUCAGAAUCGGCUUCAUCGGCUGGGGUCUGAUGGAUGUGUGUUAUCUCCUGACUGCAGUGGAGUCUGAAUCUCUCUCGAUGCCUCUGCUGCUCACCAUCACCUUUCAGUUAAUCUACAUCAUUGAAUUCCUGAUCGACGAGGGUUCAGUGUUGGGCACUAAGGAGUUCACUGAAGAAUCCAUUGGGUUCCUGAUGAUUUUGGGAGAGUACAUCUGGAUCCCUUUUUUUUCCAGCCUUCCUGUUUACUUCCUGCUUCAGCGACCCAAUGACAUCCACUUCCUGUCUGCUAUUCCCAUCAUCCUGCUCUUCAGUGUGGGAUUUCUGAUGUAUUACAUGGCCAACGAGCAGAAGAGCAGAUUCCGCGAAAACCCACAUCAUCCAGCGGUCGCCCGUCUGGAAACCAUUCGCAGUCCGUCUGGUCAGAACCUGCUGGUGUCCGGCUGGUUCGGUUGGGUUCGGCAUCCAAACUAUCUGGGAGACAUUCUGCUGAUGUUGGCGUGGUGCCUGCCCUGCGGUUUCUCCAGUCUGCUGCCGUACCUGCCCGCUCUGCAGUGCUUCAGCCUGCUGAGGAAGAGGAGUAAUGAGAUUGAGGAGUCCUGUCUGGAGAAACACGGAGAGGCUUGGAGGGAAUACUGCAGGAGAGUUCCCUACAAACUCAUACCGUACAUCUACUGA